GCAAGCGCGCGAAGCUGCCCCCUUCCCCCUGUGAAGAGAGAGUGAUAACGGUCGUGCGCGAGGCAGUAACGGACGCGCGCCGGCGAGUGAGAAGAAGCGCCGGGGUCGCACCUGGUGGGGACGCCUCGCGCUUUGCCUCAGCGGCUGAGGCGACGGAGUUUUUAAAAAUAUAUAUAUUAAAGUAAAUGUCCUCGUCGUCAUAACUACAGCGGAACGAAGCUCUGAGUGGUUGCAGUCACAAAGCCGCCGUGAGGGGAUGAGGCGCAGCCUCUGACGGGGCGCGGGGCUCCCUCCCGCCGCCAUGGGACUGCGGGGGCACCGGAGGCAGCCGAAGCCGCGCCUGCCGCCGCCGCCGUCGCGGGUCUCUCGCUCUCCCCAGCGGAGCGUCCCGGAGCUCCGGGGAGCCCGACCCGGAGAGUGAAGGGAGCGCCGACACCGCGCGCCAUGGAAGAGCGGCUGCUGAGCCGCUGGCUGCUGCUGCCGCCGCUCCUGGCGCUGCUCUUCCUCUUCGUCCUCUACCAGUACGCCUCUCCCGGCGGAGGCUGCCUUAGCGCGCCCGCCGCCGCCGCCGCUGCGCCCGAUCCUCCGGCCGUUUCGCCCUGCGGCGCCGGCGGGCACCCGGCCCGGCGGAGGCAGCAGCGCUUCCCGGGGGACCCCGCGGGGCUCCCGUCCCGCCCGCCGGGCUCCCCCGGGCGCGGGUCCGCCUUCGGCCUGUCGGAGCUGUGCCGCCGCGCGCGCUUCGACAUGCGCGGCCGCGACGUGAUGGUGUUCCUGCACAUCCAGAAGACCGGCGGCACCACCUUCGGGAGGCACCUGGUGCGCAACAUCCGCCUCGAGCAGCCCUGCUACUGCCGCGCGGGCCAGAAGAAGUGCACUUGCCACCGGCCGGGGGCCGCCGGCGCUGCUGCCGCCACGCCGCCGGCAGGCGACAAGGGGGACAAGGGCGACACGUGGCUCUUCUCGCGCUUCUCCACCGGCUGGAGUUGCGGGCUGCACGCCGACUGGACCGAGCUCACCAGCUGCGUGCCCGCCGCCAUGGAGCGCAGGGGGGGCUGCCCCGCCAACCGCACCCGCAGGAACUUCUAUUACAUCACAAUGCUGAGAGAUCCUGUGUCACGCUACUUGAGUGAAUGGAAACAUGUUCAAAGGGGUGCAACAUGGAAGACUUCCCUCCACAUGUGUGACGGGAGGAGCCCGACACCAGAGGAACUGCCGAUGUGUUACCUAGGGGAUGACUGGUCUGGGGUCAGCUUGCAGGAAUUCAUGGAUUGUGGCCAUAAUUUGGCUAACAGUCGGCAGGUGCGCAUGCUGGCAGACCUCAGCCUGGUUGGAUGUUACAAUUUGACCUUUAUGAAUGAAAGUGAAAGGAACACGAUCCUUCUCCAAAGCGCCAAGAACAACUUGAAAAACAUGGCCUUCUUUGGGCUCACAGAAUUUCAGAGGAAAACUCAAUAUCUCUUUGAGAGGACAUUUAACCUGGAGUUCAUCUCUCCGUUCACUCAGUACAAUAUCACCCGAGCCUCUAAUGUGGAUAUCAGUGAGUCAGUGCGGAAGCGCAUCGAAGAGCUGAACUUCCUGGAUAUGCAGCUGUAUGAAUACGCUAAGGACCUAUUUCUGCAGCGCUUUCAGUAUGCCAAGCAAGAAGAGCAUGAACUAAAUCGCCAAAAACGACGGGAGGAGCGAAAAAUGUUGCGUGAACAGAAGGUCCACGAAUGGCAAAAAGAGGAGGAAGCAGAAACGCUAGCUGUUACUGAGGAUUACAACAGUCAGGUGGAACGGUGGUGAAUUUCCCUUGGGUGUGUACACACAUCCUCACACUAAGAGACGCUGAUAUUUCAUUGAACUUAAUUAUUCAACUGUGAAUAGAUAUGUGGAACUCCUAUUGUUCUGAUAAAUGAGAAAGAGUCUCUCAGCCAUCCUUCCGCAUUUUAUGUUUUGGCUUUUUAGAUUUUGUCAUUUAAGAAAACAGUAUGUUGUGCUUUUCAGUCCGCCUUAAAUCAGUGUUAUUUGAUUGGCUGUUGAAUAGCUUACUAUGUAUUGUUUAUUUAUUAUAUUUACUGUCUAUCCUGACUUUCCGGACACAUAUCUUUCCAAGGAGGCUUACAGUGAACAUCAAAAUACAUUAAUAACAUCAGAAUAAACAAUAUCAAAAAUAUAACAAGUUAUCAGGCUCCUUGUCACGGGGUGGUUGGUGGCAGAUGGCCCUGUGGAAGGAGAAGAGACACUCCAGCUGGAACGGGAACAGGCUCCCGGUGUUAUCUUUACCUACCUGUCUCCCUCUCCUGGAAGAAUCCUUUCCACAUAGCAACCAGUGUCUUCCAGCGCAUUGCCCCUACCUUGAUCUUAAGGUUUUUCCUUAUGACAUUAUUUACAACGGAAGCUUGGAAGGAGGGUGGAAAUGAAAGCUCAUGUCGCAGUAUCAGUUUCACUUAUAUGCAAUGAUUUGCCAUGGUUGGUCUUCUAGUCCCUUGUAAAUUGUACUGUGUAUGUUCGUGGUGACUAUAACAGAGAAAAACCUGCUGCCCUUCAACUAUUUACAGGCAAUCUUUUAUUUUAGGGAAGAAGUCAGAUGUCUAAUUUCAUGAUUUGUUCUAAACCUUGGAUUGUGUUAUCAAAGAAAUGACGUUGAAAGGAGCUUGAAGGCAGCCUAAAUCCAAUUUAUGCUUUUUAAGUAGCCAAAGCACACAGGCUGACACAGUAACUAGCAUACUUUUAAAGAAGCAGUAUUGGCUACUUCAGGAUUUUGAGAGCACAGAAUUCAGGGCAACAGACUUGGUUGUCUUGAUAGUAUUUUUCCUGAACAGGGCUGGGGGCAGGGGGGGUUAGAAAGGAUCCAGUCAGAUUAUAAUAUAGUAAAGUCCUGACCUGAAUAUAUUCCUCAAAUUUGUGUAUUAGGGUUUUUCACGGAUAUAACUUUAUAUAGUGUGACCCCUGGCUUCCUCCCAUGCCACUUAUUGAAAGCAUGCAAGUCUCAUGUGUGGGAGAAUCACAAGAGAUUAUCAUGUUUGCGCACAGAUUCAUGUGUCCCCAGUAUCCCCGAUUCUGGAACUUUCAUAAUCUUUAGGGACGUCUUUAGCGCACAGAGCAAAAUUUGAAACAAAAAGCUACACGUCUAAAGAUUUUUAUUGCAUUAUAACAAGACUUUUAUAUGCUGGGCUGGAAUAAGGAAUUGUGAGUGGGUUAGGGGUUUUCUCCAGGUGCCUUAAUUGAGGGGCCCCCAAAAUACUUAUGUUAUACAUGUUAUUUUACAAAAAUAGCACUUAUUUAUUUAAAUAAUGUGAGAUGAAAUUAUUGGCUUUUGCUUUAAAAUAUGAGACUGGGUUAAAUGCUAAAGGAAUUUCAUCAGAAAUCAAAAGCUUAAAGAGCCAGACACUACCAAAUCUCCUGGUUCCAGAGUCAGCAACAAAUUUAGACCUGUUGAAAUUAAUUGUGAAUAUUCUGUUACAAUGUCUUAUCCAAAGUUAGGAACAUACUUGCUGUUUAUCGUUUUAUUACAACCGUUUGUCAAUUUUUUUAUGUUAUAAAACAUGUGGUUGGCUUACA